AUGCUUAUGGCCCGAGACACGGCGCGGGAUGAGGCCCAGAAGCUGCACAGGAAGUGGCUGAAGCACCAGGCCUUUAUGGCAGAGCUGGCCCGCAACAAGGAAUGGCUGGCCAAGAUAGAACAGGAGGGGCAGGAGCUGAUCCAGGAGAAGCCUGAACUGCGCUCGGUUGUGCAGCAGAAACUGGAGGAGAUCAGAGAAUGUUGGUCCGAUCUGGAAAUCACCACAAAGGCCAAGGCGCGGCAGCUUUUCGAGAACAACAAGCCUGAGCCAGUUGUCAAGAGCUACUCGGACCUGGACAGCCAGCUCUCCCACCUGGAGCAGCAGCCCCCUCAGCUGGAGCAAGCCCACCACCUGCCCACCUUCAACCAGCAGCUGCAGAAGUUCCAGGCAAUGGAGUCUCAGAUUGGGGACUUCUACAAAGAUGUGGGGGACCUGGGUGCCUUACAGGGGGUCUGCGUCCCCCAGCGAGGCCUGAUGGCGGGAGAGGCGGAGGGAGCUGAGCAGCCUGGCAUGGUGGAGACUCGCAUCGUCCGGCUCAUCGAACCACUGAAGGAGCGCCGCCGUAUCCUGUUAGCGUCUAAAGAGAUGCACCAAGUCGCACAGGACCUGGAGGACGAGAUACUGUGGAUUCAGGAGAGGCUCCCGUCAGCGACUUCUAAAGACUUCGGCAGCAGCCUCCAGAGUGUCCAGCAGCUGGUCAAGAAACACCAGACUCUCCAGAGGGAGCUCUCGGGCCGGCGUGCCCGCGUGGAGGAGGUGCUGGACCGGGCCGGGAUCAUCGCAUCUCUCCGGACUCCUGAGGUGGAGUUUGUGCGGGAUGGAGCAGGGCACGUGCGGCAGCUGUGGGAAGUGUUGCAGUUGGAAACAGAGAGGAGAUCAGUGCUGCUGGGCGCCACCCUCCAGGCCCAGCAGUACUACAGUGAGGCUGCAAAAGUGGAGUCCUGGCUGUCAGAGCAGAAGCUACAGCUGGCCAACGAGGAGAAGGGAACGGACGAGGCCAGCACACUGCAGCUGCUGAAGUCUCAUCUGUCUCUGGAGCAGACCGUGGAGACGUAUGCAGAGACUGUCGGAAUGCUCUCCCAACAGUGUCAGUGCCUCUUGGGCCUUGGACAUCCUGACAGUGAGCAGAUCACCAAGCAGCAGUCCCACAUAGACCGGUUAUAUGUGUCUCUAAAGGACAUGGUGGAGCACAGGAAGACCAGGCUGGAGCAGCAAUACUGGCUCUAUCAGCUCAAUAAGGAGGUGGAGGAACUGGAGAAGUGGAUUACAGAGCGGGAAAUGGUCGCCAGCUCAACAGAGCUUGGCAAUGAUCUGGAGGAUGUUACCGUGCUUCAAGAGAAAUUCACCAAAUUUGCAACAGAAACAAACAGUACUGGGCAGCAUCGUCUGGAUCAGGUGAACAAAAUGGUGAACGAGAUGAUCGACUGUGGGCACUCCGACGCGGCCACCAUCGCCGAGUGGAAGGACGGACUGAACGAGUCCUGGGCCGACCUGCUGGAGCUGAUGGAGACUCGCAGACAGAUGCUCACGGCUUCACACCAACUACACAAGUUCUUCACCGACUGCAAAGAGAUUCUGGCUCAAAUCAUGGGGAAGAUGAAGCAGCUGCCAGAGGUCAGGGCGUGCCAAGCUAACAUCACCAAUCCUGCCACUCUGCAGAGACUCAUGCACUCCUUUGAACAUGCCCUUCAACUCCUGGUGGGGCAGGUGAGGCAGAUGCAGGAGAAUGCGGCCCAGCUCAGGACCAUCUAUGCUGGGGAGAAGGCAGAAGCCAUCAUGAUCAAAGAACAGCAGAUCAUGGAGGCGUGGAGAGAACUGCUGAGCUCGUGUGAGGCCAGUCGAGUCCAGGUCACCUCUGUGACUGACAAAGUGCAGUUCUUUUCUCUGGUCCGAGAACACCUCAUGUGGAUGGAAGGGGUCAUGGGACAGAUCAUGUGGGACGAGCCGAGGGAUCAAAUAUCUUUGGAGUUAAUGAUGAGACAACACCAGGAGCAAAAAGCCAAAAUAGAAAACCGCAGCAAGACCAUACAGCAGUGUGCCGAUCUGGGCAAAAUCCUCAUUGCUGCAGGCAAUCCUGCAUCUGACGAGAUAAAAGAGAAGUUGGACAGUCUUCUGGCAAAACAAUGUGCUCUCAACGAUAAGUGGGAAAAACACCAAGAAAGAUUGCUAUCUAAGCAGGAGCACUUCCAGUUUGCGCAGGAGACAGUGAAGGCGGAGGCAUGGCUAAAGGCCAAAGAGCCACUGAUUACAUCCAGGGAGGCUGACGUGGGACAGGCCCAGGCCCAGACAGACGAGGUGGAGCAGCUCAUCCUUCGCCAUGAAGCCUUCCGCAAGGCUGCUGUAACCUGGAAAGAGCGCUUCAGCUCCCUCCGCCAGCUUUCUGCAGCUGAGAAGAAAAAGGAAGAAGAUAAAAAGAUGCCUCUGUCCAGUCGUAGAAUGUUUCCGUUAUCCUGCCUGACUCCUGGUGCUUCCUCUACUUCUACCUCUCUUUUUUUGAGGCAGACGGUACAGGCGCAGAUAGAACCCAAGCCUUUACAGAGCACUCUGGAGCUGGGAGCCACCCUGGCCUCUCAGAGACUGUCCGCGAGCCUAAGCAAUUACAAUCCAGUCCUCAACGGAUCGGGCUACCACUCACUGGAUCAGCAUGGAAGUUCCAAGAUCAGUAGCUCCUCAUACCUUGGAAUGAACCACCUAACACCUGCCCCCACGUCUGAGGCUGGCCUGUCUGCUCUGGCCUCUCAUAGCACUGGAGUUGAUGCCUCUUUUACUGGAAUAAACCAUCAAACAGGGGCAAUCGGGGAACCCUCUAGCUACUUUGGACUAAGCGCUGUUGGAGGUUCUAGUCUCUCCAACCAUAACCAUUUAGGCAGUGGAAGACUGGGGAGUUCGGGAAAUCUGGCUACACAGCCAGGAGGCGUAGGAUUUUCCAGUCCAGGCUUUCUUUCUCAGCCGCAAAGCAUGGGAAGUUCGGGAUAUCUGGCACAAACACAAAACGUUGGAGGUUCUGGAUAUGUGAGUCAACAGCCUAAUUUAGGGAGUACCGGAUACUUGGCACAACAGUCUCAAUUAGGGAGUUCGGGAUUCUUAGCACAGAAUUAUCAGGGCAGUGGUAGCUUGGGCAGCUCAGGCUUUCUGGCACAAAAUCACUACAGCAGUGGUAGUCUAGGCAGUUCAGGUUAUUUAGCCCAGAGCGGUGGCAUCAUGGACCCAAAAAUGGCCUAUGCCUGGCAGCAUCUGAAAGCUGAUUUUAUGCAGCCCAGAAUCAACCACAUACACAAGGCAGUGAAUCCUCUUCUGGAGGCCAGUAGGAUUCAGCGAGAGCAGUAUGGAGACAUUCCCAUGGCUGACAUGGGACCAGAGUCUGGGCUGGAGUUACUCCAUGGGCGUCUGCAGAGAGACCCCCGAGGCAGUCGCUCUGACCCUCAGAUGGAUCAUCUGCGGCGGGAGAGGGAGUACAAGCUGGGCCGCCAGACCUCCAGUGAGCAGGAGAUCCAAGCCCGGCUCAAUGAACUGCCUAUGAUUGUGCGACAGGAGCGAUACCGCAGACGAUUAGAGCGGCAGUCGUCUAGUGAGCAAGAGGGGAGUGGCAAGCAGCGGAUACCCAGGCAAGACUCCAGCGACCUGGAAGGAUCGGGGAAGGAGGGCUCGGAUAAGCGCUCAGGCGAGAAGAGAUCCACAAUGGCAGAGAUUGUCGAACAGGCUCAGGAGCGAGAAGCUGCAAAUGCACGAGGAGAGCCUUACCGACCUCCCAGCAGCCUCUCUGCUCCUGUCACCAGAUUUGACGGACGUCCUAGAGCCAGAGACAGGCCCAAACCCAGGAGAAGGCCCCGCCCUAAAGAGCCAGAGGAGCCAAGGCGGUCCCGUUCAGCCCCAGCCACUGGUGCACCCACAACCCCCCAGCCCCCCUCUCUCACUGCCCACAACGAAGGCUUCCUCUACCGCAAGAAAGCCACCACCUCUGAACUGGAGGCUCAGCAGAGGAGCCCCAACAGUAAAACUUGGGUGAAUGUCUACUGUGUGCUGAAAGAGGGGCAGCUGAAAUUCUUCAAAGAUGCAAGGAAUCAUAGUACAACUUACAAUGAAGAGCCCCCAGUGGAAAUGUGCAACUGCACCUUUGACCCAUCCAUGGGGUACAAGAAGAAGAAGAACGUUUUCAUUGUGCAAAUGAACGAUGGAAACAACUUCAUAUUCCAUGCAAAAGAUGAGGAGGACCUAAAGGCCUGGACGUCCAACAUCACGUCUGCUAUCGCAGAGAACGAGCCCAUGGCCAAGUGGGACCAGCCUGGUACAUCAGGUCUGGAGGCUGAUCGCUCUGAGCGGAAGGAGAAGUCUGAGGGCGAUGCUGACGCUCGCUCCGAGCGCUCGGAACUACUGGUGGGAGAAGAGCGCUCCGAGAAGGAGAGGUCAGAGAAAGGAGACGGCUCGGAGAAGCUAGACACAUCAGAAAUUGCUGAUAAAUUUGAGGGUGGGGCUGGAGGCUCCAGCACCUCUGGGAAGAGCAAAUGA